AUGUUCGAAACACGCAGUGAUUCCUCAUCGCCGGUGUAUAGACAAUUAACGCCGAAUUCCUCGCCAGGUUACGAGGAAUACGAGCAAUCCAGAUUAAUGGACCUGACGAACUCCAACGAAAAAUACCUACCGACGACGCUACCCAACACCGAUCAAAACUUCCAUUACUACAACCAGCACCAGCACCAGCUACUCCACGACAAUCGAUACUACGAAGACAGGCGUUUAUACAACAACAACAAUAACAACAAUCACCACGAUCAACUCCAGCACUACGACUACAACUCGGCGCCGUACAUCAAAGUGGAGCCGGCGGACGCGGACGAAACGCCCGUGUUGAAGACGAGAACGUUGGGCAGGAAGCGCCGCAACGCCUCCACCGACGACGAAAACUCCUUCGGCAAGAACAAGGCGAAGCGGAAGUCGCCGCAGAGCUUCGAGGACAUCCAGUCGCAGCGGCAGAUGGCGAACGUGCGGGAGCGCCAGCGGACGCAGAGCCUCAACGAGGCGUUCGCCAGCUUGAGGAAGAGCAUACCGACGCUGCCGUCGGACAAGCUGUCCAAGAUCCAGACGCUGAAGCUGGCCACCAGGUACAUCGAUUUCCUGUACCACGUGCUGUCGACGCCGUCGCCGGAGAGCCCCGGCGAGGGGGACUUCUUGGGGAAUGUGUGCUCGUAUACGGCGCACGAGAAGCUGUCCAAGGCGUUCUGCAGGUGGCGCAUGGAGGACGAUUUCAAUUCGCAGCCUGUGUAG